AAUUAAGCACUUCCAUCUCCAUCUCGCACAUGAUCGCAGCCAUAUAAAUCCCAACAGCUGAUCAACAGACUUCAGAAAGCCCAAGACCUUCAACAGAGUUCAGCACGGAGAGAGAGCGAAAAGGGGGAAAAGCCGGAGCUAGCUGAGAGGCAGCGUUUUCAUGAGUGACUUUUCUGCCAUCCUCUAUUACAAUGAGUGGUAAAUAUUUACGUGGGAACUGUCAAAUACUCCAUUAAUAAAGGGACGCUCUGUGAAGUUUAAAACGAGCCAAAUCCUGGGAGCAGUUACCAGACUCUUUACUAGGGUCGACCUGUGAGGAGACUGAGUACAGCUGCACGAGGAAGACAGAGAGCGAGGAGAAGAGCGAAGGAACGGAUCUCUCACUGUCUCACAGCGGGGGUGCUGUCCAGUGCUGAAGACUGCCUGCCUAUACAUGCACGCAGCACUGAAAGGGAGCUAUCCAGUGCUGAAGUUGCAUUUCUUACCAGCGGAACACGGCGCUGUCGCACGUAAACCAGCAGCUCAACAAGGACUAGCAGCGUGAGGAUUCGGAAGGGAUCUCAGGCUUUUCUCCCUGUGCUGGCAUCUGAUCAGACACACAUCGGCUUGCUGAAGAGCGAUUCAGCCCAUAUAUACAGCUAGUCCCUUUUCAGCCCGCCUUGCAUGAGGAGUGACCCAUUGAACCACCGGACGAGUGUUGUUUUGUGCAGCGUAGAACCAUGCCAAGAUCUUUUCUGGUCAAAAAGGUUAAGCUCGAUGAUUUCUCAUCUGCUGAUCUGGAGAGACAUUAUGGCAGGUCGAGGACCGACCUCAGCCUCCGCUUUCAUGAAAAAGGGUACAUCAGUGACUACAUGACCCCGUCUGUCUACGACGGCGAAAGUGACAAUGGCAUCCACAGCGAAAAAGGCCCCUCUCCCAGCCCCAUCUACAAUGGCAUCCACAGCGACUACGGAGCACCAGACUCGGACCAGCCCGACAGCCCCCAUUCUGAGAUCUCCUCUGGCUACAUCAACGGAGACACCGCAGUGAGCGAGGGCUACACGGUAGACGCCUUCUUCAUCACGGACGGAAGGUCGAGGAGAAAAGUCAUCAGCAGCCCCAGGACCAUACAGCGUCACACAUGCAACGAGUGUGGAAAGACGUACGCCACGUCCUCCAACCUGAGCCGGCACAAGCAGACCCACCGGAGUCUGGAAAGCAAGAUGGCCAAGAAGUGCCCCACCUGUGGGAAGGUGUACGUGUCCAUGCCUGCCAUGGCCAUGCAUCUGCUCACCCACGACCUCAAACACAAGUGUGACAUAUGUAGCAAGGCCUUCAGUAGACCUUGGCUGCUGCAGGGACACAUGCGGUCUCACACCGGCGAGAAGCCCUUUGGAUGCGCACACUGCGGAAAGGCGUUCGCCGACCGCUCUAACCUCCGUGCUCACAUGCAGACGCACUCCGCCUUCAAGCACUACAAGUGUAAGAGAUGCAACAAGACCUUUGCUCUAAAGUCCUACCUUAACAAGCACUACGAGUCCGCCUGCUUUAAGGGAGAGUUCUCACCUAUGAGCUCCAUUGACGACUGACUUCCAGUACCCAUGAACAUGUAAUGAAACUUCUUCCAACGGCAUCCCUAUACUAUUCCCUAGACAACCUGUUCCAUGGUGACAGCACAGGUCUUAUACCCUCCUGCAGCAAACAGCAUCACGAAGGACAUGUUGGAUUACUCAUGUAGCCUAUACCCAAACUUUUAUUUCCAUUGGCUAUCCUCCCUUGAUUGUUAUAACAACAACAAUUUGUUCAAGUAUUAUGAGCUGAAAUAUCAUAUGUUUGCCAAACUCACAGGACAUUGAAAAUGUCUCAAUUUCUCUCAAAGGUCAAACCUUUUAAAGUAUUGGACAAUAUUGUACUGGUGUUAAUGGACACAAAAGUGUUCCAAGGUUGAGGUAAACCUAUUUAUUUAUUGACUUAUUUAUG